AAAAAUUCAUUCAGAUACGUGACUCAACUAGCUAUGGAGGUACCUUUUUAAUGUCGGGUCACAAUGGUUUAGUAAAGUUAUUUAAAUUUAGAAAUUCUUCACGUCAUAACUGAUGAUUGGAAAAUAAUUGAUUAAUAACUAAAUAUUCUCAACGAAUGAAACUCGACAAUUAUUGACAUAAGCGACCAAGAAUUGCUAGAGGCAAACAUAAUAGAAAGUUGUCAGAUAAGUUGAGAUCGACAAGAAACGAAGUAGUCACUCAGAUAUGAUAAUUAACGAACAUCGAUAUAUACGAGGAUAAUUUUGAUUUGCAUAAACUUUACGCUCUCACUGCCAACAAAGCAACAAGUACAUGUAGAAGCAAUACGUUGAGCAUUAGCUGUGAGUAGGAAUGAGAGUUUCAGAAUUUCAAAUCGAAGCGAUUCGAAUCAACAUCAAUUUGAAUUGAUUCGAAGCAAUUCGAGAAAAAACGACUUGAUUUUCAAUUAAAAAAAUAAUUUAGAUAACACGAGACGAUUGCACGACGCAGCGGCGUUGUCUCAUCAUCGACCAAAAGCGUUUAUUUUGCCUACGUUUACAGCGUUUCUAAGUCGUGACACUCCGGGGGUUGUUAUAUUUAAUAUGGGUUACAGCUUUAGAGGCACCAAUGGUUUCGUUAAUUUUUUAGACUAUUUAAAAUGUUAAGAAGUUUUACAAUUAUGUCAUUAUAUAAACGUGUCUUUAAACUAUCUAUGUGAUGUCAUUGUAAUAAUAACAUUAUUCCUCAUUAAAAACAUAGAUCUGCGAUGCGUCCCUCGUUAUCAUUUGCUUUUAUUAAAAUCACGGCUCAAGCGGUAGGCUACCAACGCACAUUUCACUGGCGUGCAUCAUUGUGAUGAAUUUUGAAGGUUAAUUUUAAAAGAAACGAUCACUAUACAUCGGGUAUUGUUUGCAAACAUAAAUUUAAGUAAUAAGUAAAUAUAACUGAGUGUAACUACAUGUAACAAAAUUGAAUAUUCUCUAAUAAAUUAUCUGAAUAAGGUAUCUGAUUGAAUAUUCUCUAAAGUCAACGAUAAUGUGAUGCUAUAAUAAGUAGAAUCAGAUUCGGAAGUAUUCGAAUCGGAACACUCCGAUUCGGAAUUCGAUUCGAAAAUAAAAUAUUCGAAACUUACAUCCCUAGCUGUGAGUCAAGGUACGCACCACACGCUCCGGUCUCAAUAUUGUGAGGUCACAAUUCCAAAUCAGCAAUUGUAGCAAAGAGAAUACUUUGGAAAGCAAUCGCGCACAGAAAUGAAGAGCGGAGCAGAGAAGAUAUAUAAGUGAAUGAUUAUUUUGUUUAACUUUUUCAUGCAGAAUAAAAAUGAGCAGCCUUAAUGAUGAAACCACGUGCCCUGCAAACACGAUUAAAUGUUAUCUCGUAUAUGUGCUGGGAAUAUUUUUUGUGUAUACAGCUUUCGUCUUCUUGAUGUAUCAACAGUCAAGCAUAAACAUAAAAGAUGGAUUAGGUACAAUGUCCUUGGCCUGUUCGUACAUAUCAUCUAUCGUAUUUGGACUGAUAUUCACUCCCAUACUAAUACGAAGAUUUGGCGUGAAGAAAUGCAUACUUUUGAGUGAAGCGACGUACGGUAUAUACAUUGCGUCUAAUUACUACCCAGAGUAUUACACAAUGCUUCCUGCUGCCCUACUUCUGGGCGUCGGAGAAGCAACAUUGUGGCCUUGCGUCACAAUGAUGAAUGUCUACUACGGAAGGCAAUAUUCCGAUCGUGUAAAAUAUCGCAAUAAAUCUUAUGAAUAUUAUGUUGGACUGUUCUCUGGUUAUUACUUUGCUAUUCAUCAUUGCAAUAAGGUAAUUUGCGGAUUGAUCUCAUUUUUUACACAAAAUCUAUUUCACGACCAGUUUGACGAACGAAAAAAUAAUGCUAGCAAUUCAACACUGACGCAUUUCGUCCAAAAUGAAACACGCAACGUCUUCCAGAACCGGUUACAAUUUUGUGGUGCCUACGACUGCCAAGACGUUCAAGUCGUCGAAGAAACUAUAGAAAAUUAUGCCCCAGCCGACAAUAUCAAAUUAAUUAUUCUAAUUUCAUUUCUUUUGCUCAUCUGUUUAUUGCCUAUUGUAGUUCAUGCUAUUGUGUUGCCUAAUGUAACAACACUUACGUUACGUUUGCCUAAAACUGUAGCAGAGGAAGAAACACUGAAACAAUAUAUAAACGAUGGCAUUUUAGAAGACUGCAACGCCAUGAAAGAAACGAAAUCCUUUACUGUAGCAUCAGUGAAAGAAUCACCGCCAGCAGAGAAAAAUGUAGUUACGUUUUCCAACGAUUAUACUGCGGCGAGCAAGGAGGAGUUGAAGCUUCGACUGAGGCAACCCUGGGAUAAUUUAGUUCUACAAACGUUGAAGGAUGUUUCAAAACAACUGGGCAUUCUAAAGCAAUUACUCAUAAUUCCUCUGACUAUAUACGAUGGGAUGUUGCUUUCAUUUGUUAUUGCCGAACUAACAAGGUCAUAUGUUGCCUGCAUCAAUGGGUUUUCACAAAUUGGAUUCUAUGUGGCUGUGUUUGGAGCUGGUCAUGCUUUUUCCACGUUCAUUUUCAACAAAUACAGGAGGAAAAUUGGACGAACCUUCGUAUUUAGCAUGUGUGUUGUCCUUGAUCUUGUCAACUUUAUAUUUUGUCUAUAUUGGAUUCCCAGCCGGGAAAAUUCCUGGGUGGUUUAUAUUGUCUAUUUGUGUUUUGGUCUCACUGAUGGGGUUUGGCAGCCCGGUAUAAAUAUUUUGUAUGUUGAAUAUUUCCCGGACAAUCAACAUAUUGCUGGGUCUGUGUGGACUGUUCUACUUCACGUCGGAAUGGCAAUACAAUUUGCUUGGAAUAGAAGUUUCUGCGUUUUCACCAAGAUAUACAUUUUAAUUGGGUUCUUAUUCGUAGGAUUUUUGCUUUAUUGUGUUUCAGAAUAUUUGCAUACACGCGAAUCCAGAUCAAUUAAGAAAUAGAUGAUUGAACUUCCUUCUUCAAUCAAAUUAAAUUCAACUUUCAUAUUGUCUCGGAAACGGAGAUCUCGAAACAAUCGAUUAUGUUGGAACCCUUAUUCCAACUCCAAAAAGGAAACUAAUGCCAACGAAUAUGAUCAGUCGUCAUAUAUGCUGAGUAAAUAUAUCACACCUUCCAUCAAAGAUAGACUUCGAAAACAUGGAAAUAUACAAUUUGAUGGCAUGUACUGAAUUAGGGCCAUCGGGGCUGUACUGAAUGAACAUCGGAGAAAUGAAUUGGAGUGAGCAGAUGAUAUUAUAAACAAUAAAAUAAUCAUGUCGUGUAUCGACAAGUGACGGAUUUAACAUUAGGCAAGUUAGGGUGAAGCCUAUGGGCGCUUCAAGCCUUAAAAGCCUCGAUAUUUCAUUUUGAACUAUUAUUAAUUUUUGAAUACAAAGACUUGCUAAAAAAUGAAACAAGUUUAGAGUUAAAAAAAUGAUAUUUGUUUAAUUUUGCGGCAUUAGUUCUUGUAGGCUAUCACAUAUCUUACGUUUAAAAAGCUGAAAAAAAAAACUUAAAAGCCGGCCAAAUAAAUGAAUUUGUUUAAAA